AAUCUUUGAUCGCCGUCUCCAUGAAAUGACGUUGUCCUUGAACAAUCUUCUAAUUUCUCCAAACAUUUGACUCUCUUCCCUCUGUUGUUCUCCUCGUCCUCUCGAUGCGAUAUCUGGCGAGAGGCGCUCGCAAGUCAACAAUUGAGUGAGGGCGGUGAAAAUAAAGACAUUAGUUUUGGUCAAGUGGAUUUGCCUUAUAUGCCCUCCCAAGCUGUCGUCAACCUGGAAGGUCACACUCUAGGGGGGUCACUGCUGUACAGACUUCAACUGUUGACUGGUGAAGCAACCUUUCAUAAAGAACCAGCAUGAAUCUCCAGCACCCUGGGCCCCAAAUUCCUCCUGUUCACCCUGAUGUUCAGAUGAAGUCUCUGCCUUUCUAUGAUGUUCUGGAUAUCCUCAUCAAGCCCUCCAGCUUAGGAGCAAGUACUGCACAAAGAUACCAUCAAGAAAAGUAUUUUAUCUUUGCUUUGACGCCGCAGCAAGUUCGAGAAGUGUGCAUAUCCAGGGAUUUUCUUCCAGGUGGCAGAAGGGAUUAUAUGGUUCAAAUUCAAUUAAGGUUUUGCUUGUCAGAGACGAGUUGCCCACAAGAAGACAACUACCCAAACGGUCUCUGUGUAAAGGUCAAUGGAAAACUUUUUCCUUUACCAGGUUAUGUACCACUCCCCAAAAAUGGUGUGGAACAAAAGAGACCAGGAAAACCUCUAAACAUUACCUCACUAGUGCGACUGUCCUCUGCAGUACCCAAUCAGAUUUCAGUGGCAUGGGCACCUGAAAUUGGAAAGACCUACUCCAUGUCUGUGUACCUAGUGAGGCAGGUAACAUCCCCACUGCUCCUGCAGAGGCUGAGAAUGAAGGGCAUCAGAAACCCAGACCACUCCAGAGCACUAAUAAAAGAGAAGCUGACUGCAGAUCCAGACAGCGAAGUUGCUACAACAAGCCUUCGAGUCUCCCUCAUGUGUCCGUUGGGGAAGAUGCGACUUACGGUUCCAUGCCGAGCGGUGACCUGCUCUCAUCUACAAUGCUUCGAUGCUGCACUCUACUUACAAAUGAAUGAAAAGAAACCUACCUGGAUCUGUCCUGUCUGUGACAAGAAGGCCACAUAUGAAAGUCUCAUCAUUGAUGGUUUAUUCUUGGAGAUCCUGAAUGACUGUUCUGACAUGGAUGAAAUCAAGUUCCAGGAGGAUGGUACUUGGUGUCCAAUGAGACCAAAGAAAGAGCCAGUCAAGGUCUCAUCUCAGUUGAUUACAAAAAUCGAGUCCUCGGCUUAUUUGCGACAAUCUUUGAUGGCUCCACAUUCUGCUGAGCCCUGUCCCACCAAGAAGACUGAUGUCAUUGAUUUGACUCUGGGAAGCUCAUCCUCCGAUGACGACGACGACGAUGGCACAGAUCCUCCUCUUAAGAAACGCUGUGUUUAUGUUUCAAAAAAUGAGGACAUGCAUGCAAAGGGAGUAUUGCCCUAUCAGCCUUCCAAUUUGCGCGUGCCAACUGUUCAGGCCUUGGACCCAUCAUAUCUGACCUCGACACUAGCUGAUUAUGCAGUACCCUUCCACCAAACCUUGGCUACCAUCCCCACAGAUAUGCAGAGCCUGGAUUUGUUUUCUUUAAUUCAAGCGGAUCCUCAGCAUUACAGGCCUCAGAUGUUUCUGGAAAAUCUGACAAGUACCAUGCAGAGUGUCACUUCAGCUAGCACUAGCUCCGCCCUGGUUUCAUCGUCCACUAGCCGGUACGAAACCAACUCGCACACAGCUGGCUCCGUCCAUGAGACCCGGGGCGUCACAGGAGGAGGAAGAGGAACUGACAAGAUAUCUGAUAUUAUUUCACUAGACUGAGCCACGUUUUACUGGACUUUUGCUUCAAUGCCCAUUUUCUAGGGCCCUUUUUUAUUCUAAAGAAACUGAAAGAAAUUGUUUUUUUCUGCCUUUUUUAAAAAAACAACAACUUAGUCCCUUUUUAUGUCAUUAAGUGACAUGAAUCAACAGCCAAGGAUGACAACUGACAACAUAAACAUUUGACCAUUUAUUGUCCUUUUGAAAUAGUGAUUUCAUUUCAGAAAGAACACAUUUGUUGACCAUCUAACAAGCCCCAUGAGCUCGAAAAUACUUAGUUUGUGCCAUUGUUAAUUAGACCCCUAUGGAUUGCCAGUGUUCCAAAAUCAUAUGUCGGAGUCGCUCACUCGAAAUAAGUGAGGAUUAACAUGGUUUAUUGUGUAACUACACUAAAUACCAUAUAAUGGGGGCUACUUGAGAAAUUUAAUUUAAACAGAUUAUUUGUGCACUCCCACACCAUGCAGAAAUAAAGUAUUAUUGGCAUCCAAUUUGAGCCCUUAAUGGUACCGCACACACAAAUAUUUUGUUAAUUUAAUCCAGGAAUCCCCAGUUAUUAAACCACAUUCAUAUUUUGAUGUUGUCAUGCUGUAAAACUAAUGUUCCAUUAAAGACCCUGUGAAGUGAA